UUACCGCAUGGUUUUGAUAGUUCAAAUAAUUAAGCCAUAAUAGCGUUUUUCGUUCUUAAGUAAAAAUCAAGAAUUUAUAUUUAAAUACAAUGUCUGACGUGCCUGAUUUAAGUUCCGAUGAUGAACACUAUGAAGAAGAUGAGUGGCAAGAAAUGGAAUCUAGCGAUGUUUCAGUAACGUGUUUAUUUUGUACCAAAAAUUUCUCAACUAUAGAAGAAGCUGUAGCACACUGUGAAGAAGUCCAUAAGUUUAAUUUAAAGUCCUUAAAAAUUAAAUUUAAUAUGGAUUGCUAUUCAUACAUUAAAUUGAUUAAUUACGUAAAGACCCACAAAUUGAGUUCGGAUGAGAUCAUGAGCGCUACAAAACCUCUUUGGGACAAUGAAAAGUAUCUUAAGCCUGUAGAUAAUGAUGAAUGGUUGAUGUUUGAUUUUGACACAAUAACCGAGAAGCCAACUUCGCCUAAAUCUUAUCAUGCAAAUGUCGAAAACGGUUUGGUUACACUAUCUCAAACCCACUUCACGGAACUUCAAAGAACUAUACAAACAUUAACGGAGCAGUUAAAAGAAAGUCAGACUCAUUUGCAAAUGGCAAAAGAAGAUAUGGUAACGAUGAAGGAAUCUAUGAAAUCUCUUGUGGAUGGUGGUUCUGCUAACAAUAUAGGAGAUAGUAGUUUUAUCGUUGAUUGCGUCUCUAAAGUUCCAUUAGAGAGCGACGAAGGUUACUUCAACAGCUAUGCUCAUUUUGGAAUUCACUAUGACAUGCUGUCUGACAAAGUUCGCACAGAAUCAUAUAGAGAUGCUAUUCUUAAUAACAAAGAAACAAUUAAAGACAAAGUGGUAUUGGAUCUUGGAUGUGGUACAGGUAUACUAUCAAUGUUUUCGGCGUCAGCAGGAGCAAAGAAAGUAUAUGCAUUAGACCAAUCUGAAGUUAUUUAUCAUGCAAUGGAUAUUAUAAGAGAAAACAAUCUAGAUCAUAAUAUAAAAACAAUUAAAGGUAGGCUAGAAAAUACAAAACUUGACGAUAAAGUUGACAUAAUAGUAUCAGAAUGGAUGGGUUAUUUUCUACUUUUUGAAGGAAUGUUGGAUAGUGUGAUAUAUGCACGUGAUAACUGCUUAAAACCUGGUGGCUUAUUGCUACCAAAUAAAUGUAACAUUAGCCUAUUAGCCAAUGGCGAUAUUGACACACACAAAAAAUUAAUAGAAUUUUGGUCCGAUGUUUAUGGUUACAAAAUGAAUUGUAUGAAAUCUGAAGUAGUUAGAGAAGCAAGUAUAGAUGUUGUACCAUCUAAGCACAUUUUGUCUGAACCUUGUAUUGUUAAAGAAAUUGAUAUUUAUACUUGUAAUAUUGAUACACUAAACUUUACAUCGAAUUUCAAUUUACCGAUAACAAAUGACGGUUUUAUUACAUCACUUGUUGGAUAUUUUGAUACAUUCUUUGAUCUUCCUCAAAGUGUUUCGUUUACAACAGGGCCUCAUAAAACACCAACACAUUGGAGACAGACAGUUUUCUAUUUUAGAAAUUGUGUUGAAGUUAAAAAAGGUGAUGUUAUUGAAGGCACAAUUACUUGUAACAGACAGAAAACAGAUGUAAGAGCACUUACGGUACAAAUAAACGUAUUCGGUAAAGUACAUAAGUUUAUACUAAGCUAAUUUUAUUAAAUGAUUAGAUUUUUUGCUAUUAUUAGUUUUGUUGAACAUAAUAAGUAUGCUUGCUAAAAAGCUUACAACUGCUUAAGGCAAGGAAAGUUUGACUUUCUAAACUAGAAUACCUAUGUAGAAUUAUUAAUAUUGUGAUAUAAAUAAAAUAUGUCAAAAUAAUUACCUUGUGUAAGAUUUGGUUUUGUAUUUGUUUUUAUGUAAUUGUAACUAGUGUACAAUUUUAUCAUAAACAUUAUAGUGUAUAAUUUUUUAGUUAUAUUAUUUUCUUAUAUGGGAAUUUAUAUUUCAUGUAUGCAUUUAUAUAUGUUUUUGGUAUAAGCUCCAAAACUUUUGAAGAGCAGCCUUUGGUCCAGUAGUUGGAUAUUAACUGGAUGUUAUUUUACUUUAUAUCAUUAAUUAAUACGUUAUUCAAUCUCAUGUCCUUUUUUAAAAAAAAAUGACGCACAGUACAUAUUUAUAAAUUGUUAUGACACUGCCCAUUAUGAUUUUAUUCACUGAAUGUUAAAGUGCAUUUUCAGUGCAAUGCCUUUCUAACUCCAAAUAUAUGUCAUAUGUAUAUAUUUUGGUUGAUAUGUUAUAUGAAUAGGAAAGGUACCUCUCUUUGGAAUAUUAAGCCUGUCCAAUAAGCUAUGUUGAUAGCCGACUUUCUACAUACAACCAAAACGCUGCCCACUAUAUAAUAUUAUAAAUAGAUUGUGUGAUAAUAUUUUGUAUAUAAUUAUGUAUUAUGUUAUGAUAAUGUUGUAUUUCAUGAUAAUGUAACUGGUUACAUUUUAAUGUUUGUUUGAAUUUCAAUGAGUUCCCUUUAACAGUCUUAAAUAAUACAAAUAUUAAAUAUCUUUAUGGUUUUAAUAUUAAAAAUAAAUAUUGUAUCCAACCACUCAAAGUUUUCAAGAGAAUAAAAUACAAGGCUUAUAAUAUGUGGCUUAAGAAAUGUAAAAAUAUCUAAAACUGUAACUCAUUUGGAUUAAAAUAAUUAUUAACAAAUAUUUAUAAUGUUAAUAUUAUUCCUUAAGAAAAUUAUGUGCUUUUUUCCAAUGAGAGAAAUUAAACUGUUUAAGCGAUGUAUGUUCCUCGUAAGAUCUUCAGUUGUUAU